CUAUCGACUACUCAUACUGAAGUUCGCCACGUUUCGAAACGCUACUCCAGAAGUGGAAAGUGUUUCGUUCCACACCUCAACGGUAAAUGUCAAACAUCUGAAAACGUCUCAAAACAACGGUUGCACUCUUUGAAAGAUUAUGAUGUCGGACGAUAUUUGUGAAGUUUCCCGAAUAGUGAAAAAAGCUGAGAAUGAAGCGCAUUUGAGAAGGACUCAGUCUGAAGCCCUUAAUCGUAUAUACAAGUUAGAACUGGUCCUAAAAAUACUCAAGACUUUAGAUGUGAAUCAGCUUGAUGUGCCGGACAAACAACGACUUCGAAAUUCACUAAAAGUUCUUGGUAUACAGGACUGCAUUUCUCUUCCUAACUCAGACAAAUUGUUAGGACUCGAUAACGCCGAAACAAUCUCGCUCUCGUACACAGACCGAAAAGCCCUCCGAGAAACUCUGUUCAAUUCCAUUCGCAAUGUUUGCACUCCAAUUGUUGAGAAUGCGGACCGUAUGCAGAAAGAUAUUCCUGAAAUUUUCGACACAGAAGCUAAACACAGUGAUAUCAUAGCACUCGAAGAGAAACGUCGCAAAUUACAGCAAGAAUUACUCAACGCGAAGAGUCGAAAAUGUGAGCUGCUCAAAAAGUGCACAGAGCUUAAAUUAGCUUCGUAUGAGAAGAAUGCCGUGAACAUACUUGUAAGCGAAUACAAAUUGAAUGACGUGAAAGCGGAGACAUUGCAAGGGUACUUGGUACAAGAGUUUUGUUCGCGUACCCAACACACAGUGAAGGCUGUCAAGGAAGUCGAGCGGUUCAUCGAUGCUGAACUGGAGGAAGACGGGUAGUGUGGUGUUGUUUCGUUUAGGGUAAUAAGUCCUACAACCCCGUUUUUUAUAAAAUUUAAAUGUAUAGUAAAUAAAGGUAAUUUUGUAAAGUUUCGAAAGGACCAAAUAGA